AUGGAUGCUCACGCUCGGGGCAAUGGCUCCCUGAAGUCUGUCAAGGCUACAAUGAGGGCUCAGCAGUAUGACCCGGCUGACCAAAAACUACAUCUCAACGAGGUGGAGAUCCCGAAGCCCAACGAGAGCGAGAUAUUGGUUAAGGUCGUCGGUGCAUCACUCUGCCACUCCGACUGCCUCACCUUCGAUCCGGACUUCACCAUGAACAAAGGGGUGGAAGUUCCUACUACCAUAGGGCAUGAAGCAACCGGCAUCAUCACGGAGGUCGGAAAGAAGGUGAAACAGUUUGAGGAAGGGGACGCCGUUGGUUUUCUUUCUUCUAGCGGAUGUUUUGAAUGUGAUGCCUGCAACACGUGGUCAAGCGUUGGAUGUCCACAAGGCUUAAAAGCACAAGGGUUUACUUGCGAUGGAUACUUCCAGGAGUACGUUGUCGUCGAUGCCCGCAGUGCCGUAAAACUCCCAUCAAGUCUGGACGUCGCCUCUUCGGCACCCCUUUGUUGUGCAGGUGUCACUGCGUACAACGCAAUCAAGGAAUGUCAGCUUACCCCCGGAAAAUGGCUAGCUGUAAUUGGCGCUGGAGGUGUCGGGCAAAUGGGCAUCCAGUACGCCAAAGCCAUGGGGCUUAAUGUCAUCGCUGUUGACAUCAGCGGAGACCAGUUGGAUGCCGCGAAAAUGGCGGGAGCAGACUAUACGUUCAAUCCAGAACUAUGUCCGACGUAUGCAGGCGACAUCAAAAGCAUUACAGAACAUGGCGUGGAUGCUGCUGUCAACUUUGCGCCAUCCAAGAAAGCCUACGACGAUAUGCCCGCCAUGAUUCGAUGGAGUGGCAUCCUGAUGGUAGUUGGGGUUGUCAAUGACCCUCUGACGAUCGAACCGCUGGACACCAUCUUCAAACCACAAACCAUAAAGACAGCGUACAACGAGACUGUCAAAACCCUGCAAGAAUGUGUCGACUUCAGCGCCGAGCAUAACAUCAAGCCCUUCGUGGAGUUUAUCAAGCUAGAAGAGCUUCCGCAGGCGGUGAAUAUGAUGGAAGCCGGCAAGCUUCGAAAGCGCAUCUGCGUUAAAUUUUAG